AUGAAGAGCGCAUCCCUUUUCCUUAUCUACUGCCUGAUCACCAGCGGCUUCGCCAAGCCGCCGGUGUUCCUCAGCUAUCAGGACAGCCUGGGCCAGUACAGCUUCGGCUACAGCGCGCCAGGAUCGGCCAGGUCGGAGGUCAGGACGUCCAACGGCGCGACCAGAGGCACUUACAGCUACGUCGACGGAACCGGCGUCAUCCAGACGGCGCAGUACUUCGCCGACGGCGAGAAUGGAUUUCAGGUAAUCGCGACGAAUCUCCCGCAGGCGCCGCUCCCGGUCCAGGACACGCCGGAGGUGAUGGCCGCGCGCACGGCGCAUCUUCAGGCCCUGGAACUGGCGAGCAAGCGGGACGAGGAGGCUCAUCAGCAUCAUAAGGGAAAUCAGGCGGACGCGCGCGUAAAGAAGAUCGAGGUGGAGCAGAGUGGCGCGAGUCUUCUCAGGCCGCGAGAACGACUGCAGGGAGCUGAGAUCACGAAAGUUCCAUUGAACGAGGGGGAGGGAAAAGCGUUGGAGAACGCGAAGAGCGUCGAGCCGAAGGACAGCGACGAGACUCUGCAGGCGGUUGCCUCGGGAAGCGGCGAGAAGGCGAGCGAGAAGAGCACGCAGAAGGAAUCCGCCGGAAGUGUAUCGCAGAAAAUUAUCGGCGGCGCAAGUAUCCCAGCGAUCCCAUUAAUCUCCUCGUACGUGCCGCUAUCUCAGGCGUCGUCGGGACAACACGCGGUGCCGGUAUUUCGGAUCUCCUAUGGGAACUACGAGCUCGAGCCCUCCGUCAUACCGGAGUCAUCGAUCGCCGAAGGCGCUUCCGGUGUAAUCACGCCCGCGGCAACGGUCCUGAAGAGCGGAACGACGAUCUCGGUCGAUGGAGUAGCGACGCCGAAAAAGCAGCAGCAGCAGCAGCAACAGCAGCAGCAACAGCAGCAGCAACAGCAGCAGCAGCAACUUACGACUGAAAAGGUUCGCGCCGUCAAUCCCCUGUCGAUCGCGCCGCUGAGCGUGAUCCCGCUGACUUCGUCGCAGCCGAACGUCCUCAGAUACGUACCGUCGACGUCUCUCUACUAUGUCGUAGUACCAGAAGUAGCCUGGAAAGUGUAGCGCAAUUAGCGCGCGGGAGGCUGGAAUAAAAUGCUUGAACGAUCUGAAAUGAUCAAACUCGAUCUCGGGGUUCCUUUUCGUUUUUUUUUUCCGUUUGUCAAGAUGUUUUUAUUCUUCUUUACAAAAUAAUGCAGGAUAUUGUGGGACGAAUACAACAGAGUGGUACACAUAUGGGAUCGAUACUAAAAGGAUAAAGGAUUAAUCAAAAUCAGCAUCGUCGUCGCCAUCGCCGUCAACACCGUCAUGGAGACAUUGGUAUAGCGUGAGAAGUAAUGCUAGAUAUAUAAAUGAGACGUAUAUUAAACAGUAAUAUACCUAAAGAGAGAAAAAAAAGAAAUCUGACGCAGCUUCUUAUACUAUCGAGUUAACCGAUGAGGGAGCCUAAUUAAGAAUCAAUGUAAGAUGUCCGAUAUAAUAAAGUCACGAAACUACUACACAACA